AUGGUUGUCUUGGCGAGGAUUCGCUUUAAAGUCGAUACCAACCAAUUUUAUUUGGAAAAUCUAAUUGCUCUUGACUUGCGGAACAGCAGCCUCCAACAUGUUUGGAAGGGAACUAGGUUUCUUCUAGGACUGAAAAUCUUAAAUCUCAGUCAUUCACAUGGCCUUGUGACAACCCCUGACUUGUCAGGACUCCCUAACCUCGAGAGAUUAAUUCUUAAAGAUUGCAUAAAUUUGAAAGAGGUGGAUGAAUCCAUUGGAGAUUUGGAGAAACUUGUUUUCUUGAAUCUAAAAGAUUGCAAAAAUCUCAUGAAGCUUCCAAUAAGAAUUAGUAUGCUGCGAUCUCUCCAGAAACUUAUUCUCUCUGGUUGCCCAAAUCUUGUGCUGCCUGCCAGUAUGAUUGUUAAAAAUCACUCAGACUCUACACCUAGUGACAUGAAGAAACUCAGUCUGUUAUCUGCAGUCAAAUUGUGGCAAUCAAUCCGAUCACGGGUAUUGCCAAGAAAAAAUCUCCAACUUACCAGUGCAAGUUUGCCACAAUUUUUAAAAAGCUUAAGUAUGGCAUACUGCAAUCUGUCAGAAAUUCCCAAUGGUCUUAGCAGCCUAUCCUCAUUGAAGCAUUUGAAUCUAAGUGGAAACCCAUUUUUGAGCCUAUCAGUAAACAUGAAUGGUCUUAGUAAGCUCCAGACUCUUGUGUUGGAUGGUUGCCCAAACCUCGAAAUGCUUCCCGAGCUCCCACCAAGUGUAGAGAGAUUGCAAGCAUGGGAAUGUACUUCAUUGAAAAGAGUACUAACAAACUUACCCACCGCGUUCAAAACAAUGGGACAUGAGGUUUUGAGAUGCGAGAAUUUAGUUGAAUUUCGAAAGGUGUUCAAAACAAGACCGUUGAGAAGUGUCGACAUAGAAAUGAUAAAAGAUAUCGGUCUGUUCAAUUUGGAAUCCAUAGGAAGCACUGAAGUUGAAAUGAUCAACUACAUGACACGUACAACGAGGAAGGGCCCUCUCCAGGGACUGGAUGAAUGUGGUAUAUUUAGCAUAUUCCUUCCUGGGAGCGAGGUUCCAGAUUGGUUCUGCUACAAGUCGAGCGUGGGUAACUCUGAGCUGUCUAUAACUAUACCUCCACAUCUUAACUUGAAGAUCCGAGGCCUAAAUGCAUGUGUUGUGUAUGCACAAGGUAAGGUUCUUGUUGAGGAAUCGAAAUGUUACUCGGUCGUUCCCUUAAUUCGCAUCAGUAAUGAGACCAAGGGUCUUAAGUGGACCUAUUUGCCAGUCACAAUAGGGUUUCCAAAAGAGAAGGAAGAUAUGUUAUGGCUUAGUCAUUGGCGAUUCACAAACGAUGAAUUGGAGGGUGGGGAAGAAAUACGUGUUUCGGUUAGAGAUGAAUCUGAUAGUUUCUGGACAAAGGAAUUUGGAAUCCAGCUUGUGUACGAGCAGAAUAAUAAUGAGGGUACCGUAACUGAAGAUAUAACCACAAUGUUCCAGCAUGAAACAAAUACUCCUUCGAGCAAGAAUCAUGUCGUUGCUGGAGAUGUGUCAGCGUCAGCAUCAAGGUUUGAGUUGGAUAAAGUGGGUGAAUACAUUAUUUGCGAAGAAUCACCUGAGGACCCUGGAAAACGCAGUAGAGUGUGGCAUAAAGAUGCCUCUAAUGUUUUGAGAAAAUUAACUGAGGGGCUGAAGACGGAUAUUGUGCUUUUUAGGCUUGGGAUUCAAGGUGCAGGCUCCUUGAGGUUGAAUGGGAUUCUUUUCAGUUUUGCACCCAUUCAAAUUCUUGGAGCAGAGAGAGUGAGAGAGGUGGAGAAUAUUGAACAACAUUCAAUUUGGGAUGGUCCAUUUUCUUCCACAGUGUCUGAGUCGGGAAUUUCAUCGAACAUUUAG